AUGUGGAGACUAAAGGUAUUUAUAUUCCUUUUUCUACUGAAAUUCGGUGAUGCGAACGGAAAUUGUGAUGCGAGGAACUAUCGAUCAGUGGAGAAUGCACCAGAAGAUGCUCUCAUUUAUGGGAUAACACAGGACUGUCAAAUGUUCUUCAUCCGUCCAUCUCAACUUCAUCUUCUCUCCACUAUUCGAGUUGAUAAAAGACAUUCGUUCUGUUAUGUAAAUUUGGUACAAUUACAUGUCAAAUCGCACGACACAUUGCUCCUUACAUUCAAGCAAGCAACCAAUCGAAUAUGUACACUGGAAGUACACAUUCCUGCAUUAAAUAUGCUGUUUGGAGAUCACUUAUUCCGAUACUCUCUUCUGAAUUCUCUUCCCUAUGCAUCUUGCUCUUACUCCAAGGAUCAAACAUUCCAACUCGAGCCAGAUCUCUCAUUUAUGGACCCGGUUUACAGUGAUGUCAUAUAUUUCAUUGAUGCACUUUCAUCCGGAAAACAAUGGAAAGUUCAUCAGUUCCUUUUGAAAGACACUGGAAAUAUGAACAUGAUGAACAAUUUAACUGUUACACUUCAAACAAGAGACUCAUCAGCCAAUGAAUUCGUCGUAUCACUCGAUAACCAACGGGAUAAAUUGUACAGAAGGAAUCGAUUUGAUAAUUUGAUUUUUCAACAGUGUGCUUUUGAAAUGAUGUUCAGACCAAAAGAAUCAGAGGUGAACAGUUUUGAGACGCCAGCACGGGGAUAUGGAGCAGUUUUAAAUGGACAAUCGGUGGACGGAGACGUGAUGAUUUAUGUUGAAACUGACAGAACCACGGAUCCCCCAACGACUCGUCUCAAUAUGCUUUCAACCUCUCAUCCAGAGCAUGUUUCAUGUGUUUCUGCUACUUCAUUCUCGUUCGAUGUCGGAAUUAUUCGUGAAUCUACUGUAGAGAAAUUGAAAAACGAUCCAAGACCUCCAUUCGGUACAAAAGUCUCGCCUCGACCCAGCUCCAAAUCCUCCAAACUCAAUGAACAAGUGAAUCAAAAACUCAAAAAUUCCACGCCUGCUUCAUCUGGAAAACCAACGAUUAUCCCCACUCAAUCAUCUGAAUCUUCUGUGUCGUCAUCUGCCGCCACGUCACAGAAACCGAAAGGAGCAUAUUCUCCAUCGAAAUCCUUCUUCAGUUAUGAAUUUGGAGGAGCUGGAACAACGACCACGACGACAUCAGUCGCAGAAGAGAAAGAGCUGAUUUCGAAUGAGAUUCCAUUUCCAGAAAUGUCAGAAGAAGAAGAGAGAAAACAAGAAGAAGAGUUGAAUGAAAUUAUAAAAGAAUUGAAAUCAGAUGAAGAGGAAAAUGAAGAAAAAGGAGAAGAAAAGAGUGAAGUGAAUCAAGAGAAAGAAGUUGGAGAACUGAAAACAAGAGAAGUCAACAGGACUUCUGAAAAUGGAGAUAAAACAGCUGAAUCCACAUCUUCGAAUGCGACGUCUUCUGAUGCAGAAGCGGUGAAAUCCAGUAGAAUAUCGAUGAAUUUAAAUACAAUUGUAAUAUUACUUUCUGCCAUUUCAUUCUGCAAAUAUUUCAUUUAG